AACCAGAAAAGAAUAAGAUGUGUAUUGUAGAAUCACUCGGAAAUCAUGGUAUCGAUUGUAUGUAUGCAAUCGCUUCAAGUAGUCUAUAAAACUGACGCUUCUGCACAACCCACAUGGUGAAACGAGUGGAUAGAAGCUGGCCACACUGCACCGCGUUUUCUGAAAAUAAAAAUAUUUUUCUUUAACUUGAAUUCAUUACAACUUGCAAUUCACCAUAGUAGAGCAGGUCGAUUGAACUAUUAUCUAAUUAUAACUAUGCCUGCUACAUCGGACCAAUUGUUGCAAAUUAAGGAGCUGCUUUCCAAGCUGAACACCUGUGAAACAUCGCAUGAAUGCCUGCAAGUUGCCUCUGACAUAGGCGGUCUUGUUAAAAACAAUUUAAUGUUGCUAGAGUCUGCAAAUGUCCUGCCUUUUCUUAAAGCUUCUGCUAGUAACAAAAAGUCUGGUUUAGAACGUGAAGGUGGUUUGUUGGGCAUUUCAGGUGUUGCCAAAGUUGCUGGUCGCUGCGUUGGGCCAUAUCUGCUUCCACUUCUUUCCAUGGUUCUCGACUCGUUUGCUGACAAAGGUCAGCCUGUGCGUGAGGCUGCUUCAUUGGCUGCUGACAAUAUUUUUGCACUUAUCGAUCCAAUUGCUGCUCCGCUCCUGUUACCUAUUCUAUAUGACGCCAUGACUCGCAAAUGGCAGACUAAAAUGGCCGCCAUCAAUAUGCUGGUAGCGUUGACUAAAUUAGCUCCUAACCAGAUUGGUCGUGCUCUCCCCGAUAUCAUUCCUGUAGUUUCCGAGUGCAUGCAUGAAACUAAAGCAGAGGUUAGCAAGGCUGCGAUUUCUGCCAUGAUAAAUAUCUGUGCGAUUGUUGGAAAUCCUGACAUUGAGCCCCACAUCCAAUUGCUUGUGGAUUGCAUGGCUCAUCCUGAUCAUGUAUCUGGCACUGUUCAAAAACUGUCUGCUACUACAUUUGUUGCUGAAGUUACUGGACCUGCACUUGCCAUCAUGGUACCAUUGCUAAAACGAGCACUCACUGAUAGAUCUGCCGCUGUUGUGCGUUCUACUGUGGUGAUUGCUGAUAAUUUAUUUAAACUUGUGCGUGUUCCUCGCGAUGCUGGUCAAUUUAUGCCACAGUUGCUUCCUGGUUUAGAGCGAAUUGUAGAGACUGCUGCUUUUCCAGAAAUUCGUGCACUUGCUACUGCUGCUAGAAAUACUCUUGUCAAGGCUGCUGAUGGUUCGGAAGUCGCUACUAACUUGGAAACAGUCAUCAUGGAAAAUGCCACACCAGAAAAAACAAGUGCCAAAAUUCGCUCCACUGCGUCUACAUUAAAAAUCUUUUUGGCGGCAUUCAGCGAUCCUGCUAUGAAUUAUGCUGGCUUCCUGAUAUCCGAGCUGAUAAAACAAGAGGACUUUGACUUUGAGAUAUGGAAGUCACUGCUGACUCCCUGUCUGACACCUUUCAUUAUACAAUCUGACUUUGAAUCGUUGCUAACUGACGUACACAAGUUUUACUUGGACAUACAUGACAAAAGUCAAAAGAAUGACGAAGAGAGCGACGAUGACGAAGGCGAAGAAUUAUGCAAUGCACUUUUUUCGUUGGCGUAUGGUGGUAUGAUGCUGCUCAAUAAUACUCGUCUUCGUCUUAAACGUGGUGAGCGAUAUGGUCUUUGUGGGCCCAAUGGUGCUGGUAAAUCUACACUUAUGCGAUCCAUCUCCCUUGGAAAGCUCGAAGGAUUUCCUUCGCAAGAUGAACUUCGCAGUGUGUUUGUAGAGCACUCUUUACAGGGAGAACAAGCAGACUUGCCUAUUAUCGACUUUAUUGCUGCCGAUACUCGUCUUAGCCAUGUUCCUCGCUCGGAAAUCGCUGAAGCCUUGCUUUCUGUUGGGUUUGAAACUGAUAAACAACAGCAGCCUGUUGGAACACUUUCUGGAGGAUGGAAAAUGAAACUUGAGCUCGCACGCGCCAUGCUUUGUAAAGCAGAUAUCCUACUCCUUGACGAACCUACUAAUCAUUUGGAUGUUGGCAACGUUGCAUGGCUUGAACAGUACCUUGUUAGUCAGAAGCAAGUUACAUGCAUUGUAGUGUCGCACGACUCUGGGUUUUUAGACAAUGUUUGCACUCACAUUAUUCAUUACGAAAAAAAGAAGCUUGUUUUUUACAAGGGCAAUCUGUCCAAAUUUGUUGAAAAGCGACCUGAAGCACGAUCUUAUUAUACUCUUGCUGCCACGACAGUAAAAUUUAGUUUUCCUCCGCCGUCUAUUUUGCUUGGUAUCCGCAGUAAUACCAAAGCCAUUCUUAAAAUGACCGAUGCCACCUACACUUAUCCAGGCAUGUCUAAACCAUCCAUGAUUGAUGCAUCCGUGCAACUCUCUUUGUCUUCUCGCGUUGGUAUUAUUGGACCCAAUGGUGCAGGAAAGUCCACCAUGAUUAAGGUGCUGACUGGUGAGGCAAUCCCACAAACCGGAGUAGUUUGGAAGCAUCCUAAUCUGCGUGUGGGAUAUGUUGCACAGCACGCCUUCCAUCAUCUUGAACAGCAUUUGGAUCUUACUCCAAACCAGUAUAUUCAAUGGCGAUACCAAGGCGGUCAAGAUCGUGAGAUUCUUGAAAAGGCCACUCGUAAGCUUACAGACGAAGAUGCAGCUCAGAUGGCUAAACUAGUUCCAGGUCGUGACGGCUCAACCCCUCGUCGGAUCGAGUAUAUCCUUGGUCGUCAAAAGCUUAAAAAAUCUUUCCAAUACGAAAUCAAAUGGGUUGGGUUUUUGCAUAAACAUAACUCAUGGAUGCCUAGAGAAACUUUGUUAGAACUUGGAUUCAACAAGCUUGUGCAGGCUUUUGAUGAUCAAGAAGCAUCGCGAGAAGGCCAAGGAUACCGUGAGCUUGUUCCUUCAGUGAUUCGUGCGCAUAUUGAAGAGGUAGGUUUAGACGGCGAUAUUGCAGACAAUAACUCUAUCAGUGGAUUGUCGGGUGGACAAAAAGUCAAAGUUGUACUUGCUGCUGCCAUGUGGAAUAAUCCACAUAUGUUGGUGCUGGAUGAACCUACAAAUUAUCUUGACAGGGAGGCUCUUGGUGGUCUUGCUGUUGCCAUUCGUGAUUGGGGUGGUGCGGUAAUUAUGAUUAGUCACAACAGGGAGUUUGUUGAAGCCUUGUGUCCUGAGACAUGGCUUGUAGACGCUGGUAGAGUCACUUUGAUGGGCAAGACUGCUGUUUUGGAUGAUCAUUUUGAAGACUCUGCGGAAAAGAUUGCCAAGGCGACGAGUAAAUCCAACGGCAAAAAGAAGAAACCAACUCGCAAUGAUAUAAAACUGCGAGAAAUUCGUCGACGCGCACGACAUAUGAAAUGGCUACAGGAAGGUGGUACCAAGGAGCCUGAUACCGAGUCUGAUUAAAAUGAAUUUGGCAUAUCAUAUCCUC